UACAUCACUAAGUCACGUUUUGCAAGAGUAUAAAUAGUAUAAACUAUUUCAAAUGUUAAGAAAGCAGGCUAGACAACGCAGAGAAUACUUGUAUUCUAAGGCUGUUAAGGAACGUAUUUUGACUAAGAAAAAAAAUCGAGAAGAUGUAGCCCAAAAUUUACAAGAUAACAAACCUUUAAAGUCAUCUCAUCUGGCUAAGGGUAUUCACUUGUACAAUACACUUAAAUAUGAUGGAGAUGUUGACAGCAGUAACCUGAAAGCCAUAGAUGAGUACCAGUUCGCAGGAUGUCAAGAUCCGAAAAUCAUGUUAACUACUUCUCAUGAUCCAUCGUCCAGAUUGAAAAUGUUUAUGAAAGAGCUUCGAUUGAUUUUGCCCAAUGCCCAGCAGAUGAACAGAGGAAAAUAUCAAUUAAAUGUGCUAAUGCAGGCAUGCCGAGCCAACAAUGUAACUGAUUUCAUAAUUGUUCAUGAACAUCGAGGUAUUCCCGAUAGUCUUGUGGUAUGUCACUUGCCUUUCGGCCCAACGGCAUUUUUCAAUAUUUCGGAUGUGGUUAUGCGUCAUGAUAUUCCAGAUAUUGGGCCAAUGAGUGAGCAGAAACCGCAUCUCAUUUUUAGUAAUUUUAAGACAAAUAUUGCCCUGAGAACUGUGUCUAUUCUUAAGCACUUAUUUCCUGUGCCUAAGGAAAAGUCUGAGAGAGUAAUUUCAUUUAUUAACAAUAAUGACAACAUCAUAUUCAGACAUCAUCUAUACAAAUAUAUAAACAAGGAGCUGACAAUUACUGAAAUUGGACCUAGAUUUCAACUAAAGCUUUAUCAAAUUAAGCUUGGCACUUUGGAAAAUAUAAAAGCAGUGGAUACAGAAUGGGUUAAUCGUCCAUACUUAAACACAGCUGUUAAAAAUCUUGCUUUUUCAAAUGAAGAUCCAUUUGCAAAUAAAUAAGAUUUGGAUGUUUAUAUAUAAAUGUGGUUUUAAUCAGGACUCGAAUCGUGUUACAAUAAUUUUUUAUUUCAUACAUGUCAGCUGUAACCUAUAUAUAAGUCAGUCUUGAGCGCCCGAUUGCGGGCUGAAUGAACAGCAGCAAAGGUCACUAAGGGGUUCCUGGUAUUCCCCGUAUGCCUUAAUAAAGAAAAGAAAAAAAAAAAA